CUCGAAUACAAUCCAACUUUCGCAAAAGCCCCCAUCACAAUCCCCCAGAGCUCGCCAAUCCACAGCAUUGGCGAUGGCCUCGACGAAUUGCUGGAAGUGCCUGAUCAGGCCUUCCACCGCAGCAUCUCCAUAUGCCCUCUCCAAUGCCCAACGAGCAGCCGCCUUCUCGACCACGACAACCGUUGGCGCAGCGGCAAACGCAAAGCAGAAGCCGAAGGUGCCUAACAUGAAGGCGAAGGGCGCUGCGCAGUCAUUGAGGAUUAGGAAGAAGGCCCCUGUGAAGACCGGACGCCCGCCAGCUCCGGGAGAGAGAAAGGCGAUGCGGAAGCGAAUCGUACUGAGCAACACCAAUGCGCUGGAGGUUCAGGGACUCCAGGAGCUGAGCCCGGAGACAAUGGUGGAUGCCGCGAUGGUGGGCAAGGUGGUGACAAUCCCCGGACCAGUCAUCGAUCAAUUGAGAGUCGUGGAGGCGUUCAAGAAGAACCAGUCCUGGGAUCUCUUCCGAACACCCAGCAUACUUGUCCGAGACGAGACCGUCACCCUCUCCAAGAAGCUCCUCGACGCAGCAGCAGCAAAGAAAACAGCCUCUAUAAUCCUCUCCGGCUCCCGCGCAACGGGAAAGAGCAUGCUCCUCCUCCAAGCCAUGGCAACCGCCUUCGCCAAAGGCUGGAUCGUCAUCAGCAUCCCCGAUGCCAAAGAGGUCGCCACAGCCGUAACAGCCUACACCCCCCUCCCCGGCACCACCCCCCUCCAAUUCUCCCAAAACGUCUACACCGCCACCCUCCUCUCCCAAAUCGGCAAAGCGAACGACGCCAUCCUCUCCGCCCACACCGUCAAGCAGACACACACCCUCCCCAUCCCCAUCCCGCCCAACACGACCCUCACGCGCCUCGCCGAGCUAGGCGCCCGCGACCCAGAGGCAGCAUGGCCUAUUUUCCAAGCUCUCUGGAAGGAGAUCACGGCGGCCGGGUUCCCGCCUAUCCUGCUCGCUACGGAUGGACUGAACCACAUGAUGACUUUCUCGGCGUAUCGCGCGCCGGAUUUCAGCCAGGUGCAUGCGCAUGACCUGGUGCUGGUUAAGCAUUUCGUGGACCACAUUUCUGGUGCUAAGACCCUGCCUAACGGCGGUGCAGUGGUGGCUGCUACGACUUCGGGGAACAUCCCCAAGACGGAGGCGAUGAACUUGGCGUUCCAGCAGAUCCAGGAGAAGGCUGCUGGGGAGCAAGUUACGCUUCCCUCGCCGUGGGUGGUGACGGAUGCGCGGGUGAUGGAGAGUUUGAAGAAUGUGGAUCUUAUGUCGUUGAAGGGGCUGACGAAGGCGGAGGCGAGGGGAUUGAUGGAGUAUUGGGCUGCGAGUGGGGUGUUGAGAGAGGCGGUUGAUGAGAGGAGUGUUGCGGAGAAGUGGUCGGUGGCGGGUAAUGGGGUGGUGGGGGAGAUUGCGAGGGGGGCGCUGAAGAUGCGUAUUGUAGCAUAG